AAAUUCCUUAAGUAAAAUUCGGGAGAAAAAUAUACUUUUUCUUUUUCGCUUAUUCCACAGAAGUUAUUUACUUUUAGGCAUAUUCUUUAACGAUAAUAUUCUGAUUCGGCAUCCCAUUUCCCCCGUACAGUCGGCACUUUGCACGCCAAUCGCAACCACAAACCGCCGAGAUAUUUUAGAAACAGAGACGCCGUUGUCCCGGGCGGUUAAUUAGAGCGUCAUUAGGGUUAGCGGACUAUGGAGUCUUUACAACGGAGAGUAGAAUCAUGGAUCAGAGGCCAAAAAUCAAAGAUCCUGAAAAUCACGUGGCCACAGCAGUGGAAAAUGGUUGUGCGGUGGCCUUGGGCGGAUGACAGAGAGCAGAGGAAACUGAUUCAGGAAGAGUACGAGAGAAGGAAGAAGCAACUUCAGGAACUCUGUCUUGCUGUUAAGGCUGAAUCUGUUGCUGAUUUGCAGGAUAUCCUUUGUUGCAUGGUGCUCUCUGAAUGUGUAUAUAAGAGACCUGCUGCUGAAAUGGUGCGGGCAGUGAAUAAAUUUAAGGCUGACUUUGGAGGAGAAGUUGUUUCCUUAGAGCGCGUUCAACCUUCUUCGGAUCAUGUUCCACAUAGGUAUCUUUUGGCGGAAGCAGGAGAUACAUUAUUUGCUUCCUUUAUUGGGACCAAGCAAUAUAAGGAUGUCAUGGCUGAUGUGAAUAUAUUUCAAGGUGCCUUAUUCCAUGAGGAUGCUGUUGAAGAUAUUCAUGGACUUGAAUCUAUGGAGUCUGGUCAGGUGGACACUCAAAGGAGCAACAUAGAGAAUCAUUCUAAACUUUUGGAAUCUAAAACUAAGCCAACGAAGUUGACUCCAAAACCUGCUGCACAUAGGGGUUUCAUGGCACGUGCUAAAGGCAUACCCGCUCUGGAGCUGUACAGGCUUGCCCAGAAAAAGAAACGCAAACUAGUAUUAUGUGGCCAUUCACUUGGUGGAGCAGUAGCCGUCUUAUCAACCCUUGCGAUUCUGAGAGUUUUUGCUGCUUCAUCGAAAGAGAAUGAGAAAGUUCAGGUGAAGUGUAUCACCUUUUCCCAACCACCAGUCGGAAAUGCUGCAUUGAGAGAAUAUGUGAAUGGAAAAGGUUGGCAGCAUUAUUUCAAAACCUACUGCAUUCCAGAAGAUUUGGUGCCGCGCAUCUUAUCUCCUGCUUAUUUUCAUCAUUAUAAUGCACGGUCUCUGCCAAUACCUUCUGAUGGUGGAGCUUCAUUAUCCACGUCAACAUCUAGUGAAUUGUCGCUACUGAAGCAGAAAACUGAAAAAGCAAAAGAUAAUGAAGGAGAGCAGCUGGUGCUGGGUGUAGGUCCAGUGCAGAAUUCCUUUUGGAGGCUUUCAAGGCUUGUGCCCUUAGAGGGUGUUAGAAAGCAGUUGUAUAGAUACAGAGGAAAGAAAGUUGAACCUCUUGAGACAUCUACUACUGAUUCUGUUUCAAUGCCAUCGGUCAAUGAUAUAACUAAUACCCCUCAGUCUCUUGAAAUUCAAGAAGGUUCUGAUGGCAUUUCUCUCCGACCAUUACCUACGGAUGAAGACAUUACUGGUGAAGAUAAAAUGGGUAAAUCUGUAGCGGAAAGUAAUACCAAUAACGGGGACAAGAAGGGGUGGCGCCGCAUGCCGUACUUACCCUUGUAUGUACCAUUUGGGCAGCUUUUUCUCCUGGGGAAUUCAUCUGUGGAGUUUCUCUCUGGUGCAGAAUACUCAAAAUUGACAUCGGCGGAAAGGUUUAAAGUCUCUCAAACCAGUGGAAAGAUGAGUGAAGUCAAACAUAAAGGCAGUGUAUUGUCUAUUUAUCCUUAUCCCUCCACAAGCAUGAAGCGAGAAAACCCUCUGCUUAACGUUUCUGUCUUGGCAGUCAUGCUAUCUGUACUUGCUGAAGUAAGGGAAAGAUUUCAAUCGCAUUCGAUGAAGUCAUACAGAUCCCGGUUUCAAAGAAUCUAUGAACUUUGCAUGAGCGAUGACACAAUACCUUUCUUGGGGAUUGAACAAAUGCAGCAAUUCCCACAGUUACAGAAAUGGUUAGGCAUUUCCGUCGGUGGGACUGUUGAUCUAGGGCACAUUGUGGAGUCCCCUGUCAUCCGUACUGCCACUUCACUUGUUCCACUCGGAUGGAGUGGUAUUCCUUGUGGGAAGAAUACAGAUCCUUUGAAAGUUGACAUAUCUGGUUUUGGGUUACAUCUGUGUACACUUGUUGAAGCUCGAGUAAAUGGGCGCUGGUGUUCAACCUCCGUGGAGUCUUUUCCUUCACCCCCAGCUCACUUACCAGAUCAUGGAGAACAACCAGAGGUUCAAAAUAUGCGAGUACUAGUUGGAGCUCCAUUGAGACGACCCCCUAAGCACCACAUGGUGGAGGAUAUACCUAUGUUUUCGUCAAUUGAUUCAUCCUACGUUGAUACAAAAUUGAAGCAAAACGUGUCCAAGGUAGAAGAGGGGAAUUUCAUACUCCCAGAUGGUUUAGAUGAUUUCGUCAUAUACUGUACAACUGAUUUUUCUACCGUCUGGAAAGAGGUUAAUCUGAGAACCCGUAGGGUUAGGUUAAUUGGUCUUGAGGGAUCUGGUAAAACCUCUCUUUUAAAGGCAAUUCUGGAUCGAGGCCGAAGUGUUCGCACUGAGAGUAUUGAAAAUCUACAUGCAGACAAUGAUGUUCAAGAGGGAAUUGCCUGUGGCUUGUGCUAUUCUGAUUCAGCUGGAGUUAAUCUGCAGAAUCUGAACAUGGAGGCAACACAUUUCAGGGAUGACCUGUGGAAAGGAAUUCGCGAUCUCAGUAAGAAAACCGAUUUGGUUAUACUUGUGCAUAAUCUAUCUCAUAGAAUUCCUCGCUACAGCGACUCGAAUGCUUCACAACCACAACCUGCCAUAUGCCUUCUCCUAAACGAGGCAAAAUCUCUUGGAAUACCUUGGAUACUUGCCAUAACAAACAAGUUUUCUGUCAGUGCACACCAGCAAAAGGCAGCUAUUAGUGCUGCUCUGAAGGAAUAUCAAGCAUCUCCUAGCACAACUGAGGUUAUCAACUCAUGUCCUUAUGUUAUGCCCAGUGCCGCUGGUGCUCCUCAAUCUUGGUAUACAGAAGGGAAAGAUCACGAGGGAAUGAAUGGUGCCCAAAAGUUAAUUUUUGCUCCACUUGAACUUGUCCGGAGGCCUUUCCAGAAGAAAGCAUCUAUUCUCCCCGUUGAUGGUGUAUCUGCUUUGUGUGAGCUUGUCCAUCGCGUACUUAGGAGCCAUGAAGAAGCUGCUUUGCAGGAGUUUGCCAGAGAUAGGCUUUUUGUGGAAUUGGCUCGAGAGAGAGCAGUUGCUGCAGGUGCAAUUCAAGAUUCUCAGGCAAAGGCCAAUUCUCUGAAUGCUGCCGCUGUUGGUGCUUCACUUGGUGCUGGUUUGGGCCUUGUAUUGGCUGUUGUCAUGGGUGCAGCGUCUGCUUUGAGGAAGCCAUAAAUUCUUUACCUUAGUCGGUCUUGUAUAUAUAGGCAUUUUUUCAAUUUUAUGACUGUACAAAAUAUAUAUAUGACGCAUUGGUUUAAGUAGAUUCUUUGUGUAUAUUUCUUGGGCCUCUCUAUGGUUGUCUGUCAGCAGAGAAUGAAGAUUUAAAUUUGGAUUAGUGCGACGAUAUCCUUGUAAUUUUGUGGGACUCUGGUUUGCUAGAACUCCGAUAGCCAGUUAUGUACUUGUUUGUUUGUCCAUCAACGUAAUAAGCCAGAUGCAUUAGCCUCAA